GCCAGCAGCAGGGGCCUCUGGGGACCAGGAAGAGAGGGGCCCCUACCGUGAGCCGGCGCCACGCGUGGUACCUGAGCCCAGUGACUCCCUUCCGGCUCCCUUUAUGGCUGGAGGAGAGUCCAGAGAUCCCACGGCAGGGUCACGCAGAGUGAGUGUCAGGAUUCGAUCCCAGGUCUCUGACUCCAAAGCCCCCACUUGGAAGCCCUGAGCUGUGUGGCCCAUGUUAAGAGCUGCAGCAGUGCCCUGGCCCGACCCCGAUGUGGCCACGGCUCCCAGCUCAGCCCCCUGGGGCUACUGAGGCCAUGUAGGGAGUUUCUUUCCUGGAGAAGUAAGGCGUGAAAAAGCGCCCUGUCCUUGUCUUUCCUUAGCGUAAAAUCAGGGUAGGGGAGACCAGGCCCCCGCAGUGUAGGCCUGAGGGGCGCUGGAUGCAUGCCUUGAACAAGGGCUGGGUGGUCUCCAAGGCCCUUCCAGCUGAGGCCGUGCGUCGUGCUUGUGGGCUAGGAGUGCGUGGACGUUGAGCAGCGCUUCGGUUGGCAGGUGGUCACGGGCACUUCCUCCUCCAGGUCUGGGGGGCAGGAGGGGAUUUCAGCGGUGCAGGGAUGGCCCUGGCGCGCCGGAGCAGGACCUGCAGCCAGUGCAGGAAACUGGUUCGCAGUGGCGGCCCUGGCUUGGGCAGGGGACAGUGCCGGGAAGAAAGCACCCGGCACCCGCCGCUGUAGGGCAGGCAGCGGUUCUCUACGGGGAGCAGUUCUGAUCCCCAGGUAACAGGUGGCCGUGUCGGCAGACAGUUUUGGUUGUCGCAACCUGGGACUGAGAGGGGAGGGGUGCUGCUGUCAUCAGGUGGGCAGAGGCCAGGGACACUGCCGAACACCCUCCAAUGCGCCGGAGAGGGCGCCUACCCACCGAGAGGAGAAACCCAGUAGACACAGGUUCAAGGCCUGCACGGCCCGCUCUUGCCGCCGGGGAGUUGCAGGAGGGCAGAGCGAGCUCUGGAGGAGACGGCUCGGGCGUUUGGGGAGAUGAGGGGCUUGCGUGGUGGAGGUGGAGGGCGGGACUGGAAGCUGGAGCUGGCAGGAGUUGCUGGGCUGAGUGGAGGAAGCAGGGAUGCGAGCGAGGGCUCAGCCUGGGCAGGGGAUGGGUGGUGGUGCUGCCUGCUGUGCUGGGCGUGGGCAGAGACCGGAGCGGCGGUGGAGGGAGGAGCCAGUUCUGGACACAGUGGACAGGAGCUGCCUGCUGUUAGACGCCCACGUGAAGAGGACGUCCUUGGGCUCACGGGGCGUCAGAGCUGGGCUUCACCUGGCACCUGGCAGCCUAGAGGAGGCGCCGCAGAGUGGGACUGCGCUGGUCGCGCAGGGCAGUGGCUUCAGCCCACCGAGUCUUGAGUCGUCGUCACUGCAGCAGCGGACCUGGGCACCCGAGAGCCCCGCCUCCCGUUGGCCAUGGGAAGGGUCGGCUCGGGCCAGCAGCCCCGCAGUUGAGGACUGCCGGCUCCGCGGAGCGCAGGGAGCGCUCUGGCCAUGAGCCGUCCUUGCUGAAAGCCGAGGUCCAGCUCAGGGCCCCGCUGUGGGCGCUCUCCACGAGAGGUGCUGUCCCCGCUGGCCCGAGCUGGGGUGCUGCGGCCUCCGCGGAUGGGGAGGUGGGCCCUGGACGUGGCCUUUGUGUGGAAGGCAGUGCUGACGCUGGGGCUGGUCCUGCUCUACUACUGCUUCUCCAUCGGCAUCACCUUCUACAACAAAUGGCUGACCAAGCGGCUCUUACCUGGCCAGAGGCUGAGGGGAGGGCCGAGCAGGUGGCUGGCAAGUGUGUUGAAGUGGUGGAAACUACAAGGGCGCUGGUUCAGUGCUCCAGCCACAGGGCCCGCGUGGUGCUCAGCUGGGCCGACUACCUCAGAAGAGUGGCUCCCACGGCCCUGGCGACGGCCCUGGACGUGGGCUUGUCCAACUGGAGCUUCCUCUACAUCACCGUCUCACUGUGAGUGCCCGCCGCGCCCGCCGCCUCCACGCGCUCGGCUCCUCCCUGGCAGCCAGCAGCUCUGGAGAGGGGAAGUCGGGGGAGCUGAACCCGCCGCCAGGCAGCGCGGGAAACCAGAGCAGAGCAGGUACACAAUGACCAAAUCCUCCGCUGUCCUCUUCAUCUUGAUCUUCUCUCUGAUCUUCAAGCUGGAGGAGCUGCGCGCAGCCCUGGUCCUGGUGGUCCUGCUCAUCGCCGGGGGCCUCUUCAUGUUCACGUACAAGUCCACACAGUUCAACGUGGAGGGCUUCGCCCUGGUGCUGGGCGCCUCGUUCAUCGGCGGCAUUCGCUGGACCCUCACGCAGAUGCUGCUGCAGAAGGCCGAGCUCGGCCUGCAGAACCCCAUCGACACCAUGUUCCACCUGCAGCCGCUCAUGUUCCUGGGGCUCUUCCCUCUCUUUGCUGUGUUUGAAGGUCUCCAUUUGUCCACAUCUGAGAAAAUCUUCCGUUUCCAGGACACAGGGCUGCUCCUGCGGGUACUUGGGAGCCUCUUGCUUGGCGGGAUUCUCGCCUUUGGCUUGGGUUUCUCUGAGUUCCUCCUGGUUUCCAGAACCUCCAGCCUCACCCUCUCCAUCGCCGGCAUCUUUAAGGAAGUCUGCACUCUGCUGCUGGCAGCUCACCUGCUGGGCGACCAGAUCAGCCUGGUGAACUGGCUGGGCUUCGCCCUCUGCCUCUCGGGGAUUUGCCUGCACGUGGCCCUCAAAGCGCUCCACUCACCAGGUGACCCCGGCCCCAAGCCCCUGAAAGCGCAGGGCUCCAGCCCCGACCUGGAGCUGCUGCUGCAGAGCGGCCAGCAGGAGGACGACGACAAUGAGGACGACGACUUGGCGCAGGCGCGGCAGUGAGCCGGGCAGCGGCACGGAAGCACAGCUGUGGGCCCGGCCGCCCUUGGCAGCGGUUGGAAGCGUGGAUCAGGAGCCACAGGUGUGGCGAGGGGCCUGUAGCUCCCACCCUGCCCUCCGGAUUCAGCGGGAGGAACGAGCGGGCCGGCCUCGGCUGCUGGCCGGGCUCUGGCGGCCAGGACCAUUCGGAGGCAUCACAGCUCUCCGAGGGGCGCGCGGGGGCUGGGGCCUCCUCACCUGGACGGCCUUUCUCACGCUGCAGUGGCCACGUUGUGUGCCUGGAGGAGUGGGAUCAGGGAGAUACUGUGGGCCGGGCCUCUCCGCUCCCUCCCCUGCCUGAGGCCUUCGCCCAGUGCGGGCCACGAACUAGGCUUCCCAUGUCCGCGUGUGCGCCUCGGGGCCCUCUGUGGGCACCACCACGCCCGGCAGGCAGGAAGUGGGUGUUUGCUGGGUGCCGGGCCUCGCAGUCCUGACGCGUUCUCACAGCCUGGGUUUGAGUCCUAGCUCUGUGACCUUAAGCGAAGCACCUGCAGCUCUGUGCUGUAGUUUUCGCAUUUGUGAAAUGGGGACAGUAAUGUCUCAGAGUCGUUCUGAAGAUUAAGGGAGUCAAUAUUGCUAACAGUUAUUUUUAAUUAUCUUUAUUUUAAAAAUCAUUUCAACAACCAAGGAACCAAGAUCCAAAAGGUUAAAAAAACAAAACAAAAACUCCUUAAUGUGUAGUGGAGGAACCAGCACUGUGGUGCAGUGGGCGAAGCAGCCGCACAGCGCCUGCAUCCUGUAUGGGCACUGAUUGGGGUCCCAGCUGCUCCACUUCCGUUCCCACUUCCUGCCGAUGCACCUGGGAAAGCAGUGGAAAAUGGCCCAAGUGCUUGGGCACCUGCACCAUGUGGGAGACCCUGAAGAAGCUCCUGGCUUUGAAUCAGCCCAGAUCUGGCCAUCUGGGGAGUGAACCAGCGGUUGGAGCUUCUCUGUAACUCUGCCUUUCAAUAAAUACAUCUUUAAAAAACAACAACAACAAAA